AUGAUCCAAAAAAUCAGUUCGCAGCUGCCUUUAGCCAUGAGCUGUUUGGAUGUUAUGUACCAAGUCUAUGGUCCUCCCCAGCCUUACUUUGCAGCAGCCUAUAGUCCUUAUCACCAGAAACUAGCCUUUUACUCGAAAAUGCAGGAAGCCCCCGAAAGCGCCAGCAGCGCCAGCACCAGCAGCGGCAGCAGCUCCUUCUCCAGCCAUGCCCCUGCCAGCAUCAAGGAGGAAGACUGCAGCCCCGAGAAGGAGCGCCCCCCCGAGGCCGAGUAUAUCAACUCCCGGUGCGUCUUGUUUACCUACUUCCAAGGGGACAUCAGCUCCGUGGUAGAUGAGCACUUCAGCCGGGCCCUGAGCCAACCCAGCAGCUACUCGUCCAGCAGUGCCAGCGCCAAGACGUCACGGAGCACCAGCUCUUGGAGGGACGGCUCCUUCCCGAUGAGCCAGCGCAGCUUCCCCGCUUCGUUCUGGAACAGCGCUUACCAGCCCUCCUCCGUCCCGGCCUCCCUGAGCAGCAGCCUGGGCAGCCCCUUGGCCGCCGCCGCCCACAGCGAGCUGCCCUUCGCCGCGGCCGACCCCUACUCGCCGGCCGCGCUGCACGGCCACCUGCACCAGGGCGGGCCGGAGCCCUGGCACCACCCGCACCCGCACCCCUACCUGGGCGCCCAGGGCUCCGCCUACCCCCGCCCCGCCGCCAUGCACGAGGUCUACGGCGCCCACUUCGACCCCCGCUACAGCUCGCUGCUGGUGCCCGCCGCCUCGGUCCGCCCGCACCGCCUGCCACCCGCCUCGGCGCCCGCGCCCGGCAGCCCCCAGUGCGAGCUGGGCAAGAGCGAGCCCGCCAGCGCGGCCUGGGCGGCGCCAGGCCCUUUCCCCAGCCCUGCGGGGGACAUGGCCCAGGGCCUGGGCCUCAAUGUGGACGCAGCUCGCCGUUAUUCCUUCUGUGGUGGAUCUCUCCUGAGCUGA